AUUUUAUGGAUCCAUGAGAGUCCCUGCUGAUGACAGCUCAUGUCGCAGACCGGUCAUGACGUUCGCGUUACGCUCGCAAUGAUGUGUCCAGAUACUUCACGCUUGUGUACAGCUGUGCACGCGACCGCCAGGUUGAGAGUGAUGCUGCCGUAGAAGCGGAACGGAACUUUGCGGGCGAUUCGUGCGCGAUUUUCUCUUCGACUUUCUUUUCGAUCCUAUCUGUGAGGUUAUGAUCACCGUUGCCUCAUCGUCGAGACCAGCAUCGUUAUCACUCCGGUAAUUUGAAUAAAAUUUCUACGGUGCGCGAACGCUUUCGCGAUGAGAACCGGCGGCAUGCUGGACGGCCGCGAGUUCGGCAAACGUGUGCGCCGCCUCCUGGACGGCAAUUACUCCUACCGUAAGAUCCUGCUGCUCAUCCUGAUUUGCGGCGGCCUGCUGCUGUACUUUGGUCCGCCAGUCGCGCAAUGGCUUUUCUCCACUGUCAGGGAACCCAUCGAAGCAUUCGAAGACCACUGCAUAAAUGAGAGAUUAGCCAGUUUUUACUUUGAUGCUGCUGAAUAUAAUGUGAAUAUUCUGCAUAAUCCACCCAAGGAGAAUGAACAUCCUUAUCUGCCAUAUAUUGGAAAUGGUGUUUUUGGUGUCCCUAUUUCUCCCGAAGGCUGGUUGUAUAUCAAACAUGGAAGAGCUCUUUUAUUGCCAGUACAAUGGCAACCGUUGAUCAUUCAUCCAAUACCCAAGGAUAGAGAUAUAUCUUCAUAUCGAGAAGCAACUGUCGUUCAUUUUACAAAUGGGAUUGUUUACAAGUACCAGUGCCUUAGAGAGGGAUAUCAUAUAGACUCUCAGUAUUAUGCUCAUAGAGGUCUCGAGGGAAUCUUAGUACAGAAUAUAAAGCUUGCUAAUCCAUUUCUACUCUCCCAAGAGAUAACUUUGAAGCCGCAAGAGUCCACCCAUUGGAGCAAUUCUCACGUAGAACCGAUCAAGAUUCAAGUCGAUGGGUUUAAUCACGAGUACACCUUCGUGUCUGGAUUCGUACCGUUGCCCAAUUCAAAUAAGAUAGUAGUGGUAUCGAUUAUUUACAAGGUCCCGCCUGAAAGAAUACAGGUGAAAGCGCGCAGUUCGACCAAGCUCGAGUUCUUGACGAGUAUUCAGUACAGCGAGCCAAUCUCGUCCGAGCAAUAUCACGUUGAACGCGACGCGACCAAGAAGAGGGCGGUCGAUUUAUUGAAGAAGGCAAUCGUGCAACAGCAACGGGGCUUGAGAGAAGAGCAUGUGAAUCUCUGGCAGAGUUAUUGGUACACGAGUCUGCGGAUAAGUGACUCCAAAGCCGAAGGUGCCAUCAACGGCCACAAGAUUAAUUCCACUAUGUAUUAUGUACUGUCCCAAGUGUCACGAAAUACUCAGGAUUUGGAGAAGAACGUUGUCAUGAACGAGGGGUGCUACCGAGGUCAUCAUACCUUAGAUGCUCCUCGCUUGUGGAAGGAUAGCACAUCCAUCGACGCUGUGAACGAGAUAGUCGAGGCUUGGUUAAUAACGUUGGAAAAGCAAGGCUGUCAUCAUCUGGUGACAGGUGGCCCCGCGGCUGUACAGCAAGCCAUUGUCUUGAGUCUCGGUGGUUUGAGAUUCAGUAAGCAACACCUCGAGUUUAAUAUCGAUCCUCAGUACCUUCAUCGCGACUAUUUAUUCAGACGUAUAAGUUACGGCAAUUUAACGCAUCUGAAUAUAUCCGUAACAGUCGGCGACGAUAACCGUGCAAUAUUAGGAGUAGCGUUAGAUAAGAGCGACAGUAUAUACUUCGGAUGCGACGCCGGCUGUCUGGACGCUCCGGUCCCCCUUGGCCAAAGCUACACGAAUUUCCCCGUGAAGUUGACAAAACCGUUAACGGCGAUACUUUACAUAACGUCCGAUCAUCAGCAUAUGCAAGAGCUUCGCAACGCUCUGCAUGUGCACGAAGUGGACGAUGCGCCAGCGCACGAUCACCAGGUGAUGGCUCUGCACAAGCACGGACAUCAGCUGGGCGGUUUGCCCACGUUGUUCUGGGUUAGCAUAUGUUUUCUGAUCAUUGUGUUCCAUCUGUUUCUAUUUAAGCUGAUUCUCACCGAGUAUUAUGGUCACCAGGAUCGGCAGCGAGUCCGAUACAAUAAACCGUGAUGCGAUUGUACAUAAUUUUCCUAUUGCCGUGAUGUGUACAUAUGUAUAUUGUUGCGAUAUGUAUAUAUAUAUUUUUCAAACUCAUCGUGUGUAUACCGGGAGGAGGGGGAUAAUUGUUCUUGAGUGGGUGUUUGUACACACACAAUACCGAAUCUUAUCGCGCAAAUCAUAUUUUUAUAGCGUCAAAUCGAGCGGCGAAUGUAUAUUCUUUCGCGACUGUAAGUUAUUUUUCUAUGCGACGACGUGGUUGAGAGUCGAGGAGUCGUUGUUUCAUUCCCGCCGCUGCGAGUGGCUAUCUAUCAGUUUAUCAAUACAUACUACAUUCUGCAUACACAAAUAUAUACAUGUAAAGCUUAAGAUGACGUUCAUGCGAUCAUGCCGACGACUAAAAUCUUGGAUUUACCGGUUCUUCGUAGGACAAACCGUCAAGUAUAAUCGCGUAGCUUUCGCGGAGGGAAACGUUGUCAAUGCUGUCCAGUUGUGUUUAAUAUCGAACGCGCGGCGCGAGAUUAUCGAGCCGAGGGAGAGAAGUUCACCAUGUUAAUUUGUCGACAACAUUUAUUAUAGAAUAUGUUAAACGUAUAAUAAAUUGUACUACAACGCAA